GCCCCUCUAUGACGAACGCUCAUAUCCGAAGGGGCGAAGCGGGGUCGACGUCGUGGACCGGGACCCGAGGCACCUCACUCACGAGCCUGGCGAGGGAGCAGGAUGACCUUCUGGCAGGAGAACUACGGUUUCGUUAAGGAGGUUUAUGACUUCCGGUGCUCCAAGUACCUGGAAUGGAUGGACAACAUCGAAGCCAUCAUCGGCAAGGUGAUGGCCAACACCCAAUACACCGCCAAGGAGUUUAAGAUCAUCAAGGACACGUUCACUUCUCUCUGCCGCGACCUGGACAAGGAGGGCACGAAGGCAUGGCUGGACAUGAUGCUGGAGAAGCUAUCGACCCACAGCAGCGAGAACGAGGAGAACCUGUCAGGGCGCGACAAGGCCAUGAAGGCGCAGGAGAAGAAGAAGCUCGAGGCCAUGAUUGAACGCCACAAGGGGCUCAUGGGUCCUACCAUGGAGGCACAGAGUAAGGUCGACCAUUACUCAGAGUGCUACGCCUUUGGUGACGACAUUCACCCCGUCAUGAAGGUGCUAAACGAACAGCGCCAUCUGUCCAUGAAGGAGAUCCAUCCUCACAACAUGGACAUGUGUGAGGAGCAGAUCGACAAGCAGGAGAAGGUCCUCCGCACCAUCGAGAACCAGGCGCCCAUCUACAACGAGCUGAUGAAACGCGGAGCCAAGCUGAAGUCCAACCCCAACGCCCCCUCCUUCCUGGAGCGCGAGAUCGCCAAGCUGGAGGAGACGUGGAAGGACACCAACGAGAAGGCUCAGCUACGUAUUGAACUACUCAAUGGCACAUACAAGGACUGGGAGGUGUACGAGCAGCAGCGCCAGGCCAUCAUGGCUCCUCUGGACACCUUGGAGGACCAGUUCAAGACCUACAAGAAGAUCUACGACCCCAAGAAGGGAUCAGACUGGCUUGAGAGGAAGAAGAAGAAGGCCGAGGAGAACAAGAAGGUCGCCCUCGAGAUCUACGAAGUGAUCAAGAAGUGCUUCGCCACCAUCAUUGCUCUCGCCGGUGAAGACAAGAGGGAGUUCAUGGAGAAGGAGAUCAUCGACAUCGACGAGAAGAAACAGAUUGUCGACAAGGUGGACAAGGCACUCACUGACCUCACCGAGUUCAACCAGAGGCUCCAUAAGAUGGUCAGUCAGCUGGCGGAACUCAGAGCCUGGAUGACUCCGGCCGGCGAGAAGCUCAACUUCAUCACCACCUCCGUUGACCUGUCGCCUGAAGACCGUGUCAAGGAAAUCUUCGACCUCCAGGGACAGGUGAACGAAAGGCUGCCACUCUUGGAACCCUUGGAAGCAGAAGUCCACGCGCUUUUGGACGUUCCCGCUGUUGACGGAGAAGAGGAAGAAGGCCAGACCAACGAGACGGCGCUCGGACACCUGCGCGAGUUCGAGACCAUCAAAGACACCAUCAACGAACUCCACGACAGGAUCGAAAUCGAAGCCGGAUCCAUCACGCAGGACCAGAAAUACUUCGCCGACUACCUCCACGGCGUCAAGAACUUCAAGCCGUGGAUGGAGGACGCCGAGAACGUGGCCAAGACCCCCUUGCAGAAGCCCGAGAAGCUGGAGGAGGCCCUGGCGUUGCUGGAGACGGUCAAGACCUUCGAAACCGCCUGCCAGGAGAACAGGUCUAAGCUGGACGCGGCGGCCGAGUCGAGGUCCCUCAUGGAGAAGUGCACGAAGGAGGACAACGAGGUCGAGACGCUCAACAACCGCUGGGAGGUCGUGAAGAAGACGGCCGACGAGCGAGUCAAAAAGGUCCAAGAGCUCUGCGACACGUGGUCCGCCCUCACCAACGUGACGGAGAACCUGACGAAGACGAUCACGGACAUCCCAGGCUCGACGAUGCCUGACGUGGCCACACUCGAAGGCAUCUUCAAGGAAUUCAAGGAAAUCAACGACAAGAAGGUCAAGCUCCUGGCCGUGGUCUAAGAUGGAAUCCUUACUGCUGCUGCGACAUCUUUUUUUUUUACGUUCUGAGGAAGGAUCGAGAAAGAAUGAUGGAUUUGUUUAAGGUUAUAUAUAUAAAGAGAGAAGAGAGAGAGAAAUACGAACGGAUGAGUUUCUGUUUUUUUUUCUUUUUAAGUAUUAUUUAAGGACGUAUUUUAAGGGACAGGAUGGGAAGUCUUGGGAGUCUUUGAGAGAGACGGAGAGAAGACGAAUGAAGAGAAGACAAGAAGACGCAAAAAAUCUACAAAAAUAUAAACAAAAACAAGCGAUAGAGUUCUCUCUUCCCCAUCCUGUGACGUCAGAGAGCGAACGAAAAGACAAGAAAAAGACAGACGUGAAUAAAACGAUACAAAAACAAUAACAAAAACAGAAUGAAGAGAUGUGAAGUCUCUCGCGAAGUCAGACGUCUCUGGAACGUUGACUUCGAAAUGUCUCUCUUUACUUAUCUAUCAUGCACCGAGAAAUGAUUGGCUUUCGUCCGUUUUUUACUCAAAGGAAUUCAUGCUUCAUGAAUAAUGCCUUUGUCCCAUGCAUGACAUUUUGUGCAUAGGGUAACAAAGGACACGAUUCAGUUUCAUACAAUUAUUAAAAAAAAAAAACAUUUUAAGGUUUCUUUCUUAUCAAGUAAAGUCGAUAUCUUUAAAGGGGUUUGACUUUUCUUUGUUUUCAAAUAUAUACAACACGUUACUUUAUUCUUAUCCAAUCAAAAGCGGAUAGAAGAAAAAGUAUUCAAUUAUUGGAUCCCUGCACAUUUAAACGAGUUUGAUGUGACUUCAUACAGAAAAUAAUAAAAAGCAAAGCUACUCUUGUGGCAGAUAAAAAAAAUCAUAUAUAUUUUUACAUUUCAUGCUCGUCUCGAAUUCGAAAAAACCCUCCGCGUAAAACCUUUAUUUUACUCAGAAAAUAAUCGUUUCUAUUGAACAUCUAAAGGGACCAGUUCCAGUAAAACCCCUUUCAUGAUUUUAUUUCCUUUAUUUCUUUUUCUUUUGAUUUCUAAAAUCGAAAAAAAAUAGGUGAUAGAUAAAAAAACAAAUCUACCGACGACUCUUAAACGAUGAAUUACCAGUUUUAUUUGAAUAAAAGUUACUAUGUAUUGCGACAAAAGAAGGUGAUCAAGUCGACAGGAUAAUACCUUUUGCAAUUUUUAUUUUGCAAGUAGGAUGUAGAUUUAUAUGUAUAGAGAAUAGGAAUACUUUUGUAGAAGUAGCGGCACUUUCCUGUAUUAUCCUGAAUAUCGAUUUAAUAAAGCACUUUCUUUCCCAAGAAAUAAAA